GGCGGGGACAGUGUAGGGUUACAGUCCAUUUAUGGGCGCAGCCGAGGGCAGAUAUCAGUGUCGAUGGCAUUCCCUCCCAGCUAUUCUUAGGAGCCUCUCAGGAGCUCCACACAGCCUGGUGUGCAGCAAGGGACUGAGCAGAGGCGGCCGCUGUCAGCACCAGUAUGUCUUACAGUGUGACCCUGACUGGGCCUGGGCCCUGGGGCUUUCGUCUGCAAGGGGGCAAGGACUUCAACAUGCCCCUCACUAUCUCCCGGAUCACUCCAGGCAGCAAAGCGGCUGAGUCCCAGAUGAGCCAGGGUGACCUCGUGAUGGCCAUUGACGGCGUCAACACAGACACCAUGACCCACCUGGAGGCUCAGAACAAGAUCAAGUCUGCCAGCUACAACCUGAGCCUCACCCUGCAGAAGUCAAAGCGUCCUGUUUCCAUCUCCACAACUGCACCCCCGGUCCAUUCCCCUCUGCCGGUGAUCCCCCACCAAAAGGUGGUAGCCAACUCUCCAGCCAAUGCCAACUACCAGGAACGCUUCAACCCCAGUGCCCUGAAGGACUCAGCCCUGUCCACCCACAAGCCCAUUGAGGUGAAGGGGCUGGGCGGCAAGGCCACCAUCAUCCAUGCACAGUACAACACACCCAUCAGCAUGUACUCUCAGGAUGCCAUCAUGGACGCCAUCGCUGGGCAGGCUCAGGCCCAGGGCAGUGACUUCAGUGGGAGCCUUCCUGUCAAAGACCUCACCGUGGACAGUGCCUCUCCUGUAUACCAGGCUGUGAUUAAGAACCAGAACAAGCCAGAAGAUGAGGCUGACGAGUGGGCCCGUCGCUCCUCCAACCUGCAGUCUCGCUCCUUCCGCAUCCUGGCCCAGAUGACGGGGACGGAAUUCAUGCAAGACCCGGAUGAAGAAGCUCUGCGGAGAUCAAGCACCCCUAUUGAGCAUGCUCCAGUGUGCACCAGCCAGGCUGCCACCCCGCUGCCACCUGCUUCUGCCCAGCCGCCUGCUGCUGCCUCUCCCAGCACAGCCUCGCCACCCCAUGCUGCCACUACCUCUGCUGCAACCCCUGCCUCAAGCCCUGUGGACAGUCCAAGGCCCCAGACCUCUUCCUACAGCCCCGCAGCAGCCACCUCUCCAGUACCUGCCACCCAUACCAGCUACAGCGAGGGGCCAGCGGCCCCUGCACCCAAGCCCCGGGUUGUCACCACUGCCAGCAUCCGGCCUUCUGUCUACCAACCAGUGCCUGCGACUACCUACAGCCCAUCCCCAGGGGCCAACUACAGUUCAACUCCCUACACUCCUUCACCUGCCCCCACCUACUCUCCAUCUCCCGCACCAGCUUAUACUCCCUCUCCUGCCCCCAACUAUAACCCUGCACCCUCAGCAACCUACAGCAGGGGAACUGCAGAGUCUGCCAGCCGUCCCCCCUGGGUGACAGAUGACAGCUUCUCCCAGAAAUUUGCUCCUGGCACCAGCACCACUUCCAUCAGCAAACAGGCCUUGCCCAGGGAGAGCCCAGCUCAGGUACCUCCCCUUGCCAGGGGCACCAUCCAGAGGGCUGAGCGCUUCCCAGCCAGCAGCAGGACUCCACUCUGUGGCCACUGCAACAGCAUCAUCCGGGGGCCCUUUCUGGUAGCCAUGGGCCGCUCUUGGCAUCCAGAAGAGUUCAACUGUGCCUACUGCAAGAACUCCCUGGCAGAUGUGUGCUUUGUGGAGGAGCAGAACAAUGUUUACUGUGAGCGGUGCUACGAACAGUUCUUUGCCCCCAUCUGCGCCAAGUGCAAAACCAAAAUCAUGGGGGAAGUGAUGCAUGCCCUGAGACAGACGUGGCAUACCACCUGCUUUGUCUGUGCAGCUUGCAAGAAGCCUUUUGGGAACAGCCUCUUCCACAUGGAGGAUGGGGAGCCCUACUGUGAGAAAGACUACAUCAAUCUGUUCAGCACCAAGUGUCAUGGUUGUGAUUUCCCUGUGGAGGCUGGCGACAAGUUUAUUGAGGCCCUGGGGCAUACUUGGCAUGACACCUGCUUCAUUUGCGCGGUCUGCCACGUGAAUCUGGAAGGGCAGCCAUUCUACUCCAAGAAGGACAGACCCCUGUGCCAGAAGCACGCACACGCCAUCAACGUGUAAGGGGUGGAGGCGUCUGGUGCUGACAGGCAGAGCUGCUCUUGCUGCUGGCAACAAAGGAUUCAAGGAGGCUGUUGUUUCUUUUGGGGGGAAGGGGAGAAGAGCAGAAGGGAGGAAGGGAUUGAGCCCUUUUGAAGUAUAAUUUUAGUUUUUUGUUCAGUGCACAGAUCGUGUAUUUGCAUAGUUCCAACUAGAAGCCAAAUGAAGAUUCAAAACCAAGCUAGUAAUUAAUCCAAGACUGGAAUUGUACUUCAAACGUUUAGAACAGAAUUCCAAGAACUCAAAGGUGAAAAACAAAAAGCAACUUUCCCAAAGUGAUACACUUCCCUGCAGUCUCCAGAGUAGGGACAGAGGUCAGAGCAGUUAUGGAGAAUCUGAAGCAUUCUGCAGAGUUCUUUAGAGCUCCCCUGGCAAACAAAAUGAAGUGCCAAACAGUCUUUGCUGCAGGGUAUUUUUAGAGCCAUAGCUGAGAGCUUGUUAGCUAAGACCUAUUCGGUUUUCCUCACCAAAAAAGGAAGUGUUGUUCCAUUACUAGCAUCAUGGAGCUACCUCUGCACAUUACACUUCGGACCUUGAACAAACUUGAAACGUUCUAAGGGGAGCCCUGAUGUCCAAAGAAAUGUCUUUGGGGAGCCACUGGGCAGUUGCUAGAGCUCCAGGUAGGGCUCUGGCGCACACUGUAGACAGCUGAGAACGAUGGGCCCUUCAGCUACCCUCUUUCACUUUGAAACAUCUAAUUUCCCCAGAAGGCUUAGCUCCUUCUUGAAUUGGGAUGGGAAAGUGGAAUUGGGUUUUUCCAGUUUUGCUUUGCAGUGUACGAGAGGAGAUUUUUUAAAGCAUUUGGGUUGUGUUUGGCCCUUUUUUUUUUUUUGCUUUAAGAGGUUUGUUAGCUUGAGUGUCCAGUCCUGUGCAUGUAUUUCACCCCCAGUCUGUGACUGUUCACUCAUGACAUCUUCCUCAGUACCCUCUAUCUCAAGUGAUUCAGUGGUCUAUGGAAAAGAGAUAGAGACAGUGUGUAAAACAGGAUAGCAGAAAAUGCUGACAUGCCCAAACUCUGGGUGGGAAAAAGGAACUUUGCUCUCUGCCAACCUCAGUAAGAAUGCACGGGGGUGGGGGGCAGGACCUCUCACCUUCAGGUCUGCACCCACCAUCCUUUUCAUAUGUUCCUUUAAAUGCAGUAGAAUGAUUAUAUACAAUUGUGUUAAGUGCUGGAAGGAAAAAAUGGACUGAUUCAUAUGCAUUUGCCAUUUUGGCCAGUAUUUUGGAAAUGUUUGAGCUGAGUUAAUCUAGCAAUUAUUUAAGUAUUUAUUGAAGUAGACUUGGGCCUUCAAACUUCUUUACAAUAUUAGUGACAGUUUGAGUUAGGUAAACAUUUUAAAGCUGUUUGGUGAUAAAGAGAGACACUUAAUCCCUGAAGUUGGAAAUGGGAUAGUCACUUUCCUUUUUAGGGAGUACUGUUACUGUGCUCAUUGAAAAUGGCAUUGAAGCAGGCAGUUUACAGGGAUGUUUCUCCCUUGAGCACAAUAUGUAGGCACUCUUCCAAUCACUGCUACCCUGUCCUCACUCUCGUUUGGGAUUUUUCUCUUUGCACGUUUGAAAUGUUUUAUGGGAAUGCAUUUAGAACUCUUUUUCUUCUGAGAACCGAGACUUCCAGGGGACGUAUCUCUUCUCCUCAGGAGAGAAGGGAGCCACAAACUGUGUCCCUAGCAGGAAGCCUGAAUUUUUUCCAAGCAUGAAGCCAUCAACCUCCCCCAGGGAACACCAGAGAGAGCACACACCUACCACAGGACUGGGUUCUUACCACCUGUGAUGCUGUAAGAAAGUGAAUACAAAGUAUCAGGCAGAGUAAAAUCUGCUGGGACUGAUGGAGAGUUGCAAACAAGUACCUUGCAGUAUUCUCUUGUGUUUGGAAAGUUCAAAUAUACAGGGACAAGGCGGUUGCUGACUUUACAGAACUGCUCUAACUAGGUUUUCUACCAGAACGAUCUAUUAAAUUAUCUGGGACUGGUAUUGAGGAAAGAAAGAAGAAAGUUCCCUAGAAUUCAGUUUCCAAAAUCUCUUUUUAGAAGUUUUACACACACACACACACACACUCCUUCAAAUGGGUAUCAUUAAGAAGAAAAGUGAAGGGCGGUGCCUGUGGUUCAGUGAGUAGGGCGCUGGCCCCAUAUGCCGAGGGUGGCGGGUUCAAACCCAGCCCCGGCCAAACUGCAACAAAAAAAUAGCCGGGUGUUGUGGCAGGCGCCUGUAGUCCCAGCUGCUCGGGAGGCUGAGACAAGAGAAUCACGUAAGCCCAAGAGUUAGAGGUUGCUGUGAGCCGUAUGACGCCACGGCACUCUACCCAAGGGUGGUACAGUGACACUCUGUCUCUACAAAAAAAAAAAAAGGAAAAGUGAAAUAUCUCCAAGGAUAGUUUCAUCAUAGUCCUUUAUCGAAUUGGUAUUUUUCCACAUCUCAGAGCUAGUGUAGAUUCUGAGGUACUUUUUUAUUUAUGGAAAAAAUUCAGGACAAAUUUUAAAAAAUCAUUUUUAAAUGAUUUUAGCAGGAAAAGGCAAUAGUUUUGAGUGGGAUUCACUCAGUGUCUAUAAAUACAAUCAGGAUUAAGAUUGUAUCUAGUUCAAAUUAAGGUCAUGGAUAUCCUUCAACACCAAACCACAUGGUCUUUAAUAGUCCAUGGUAGGGCAAGCAUAUACUUUGGAGGUACCAUUCUUGUCUUUUCAUGGUUAACAGAAACUUAACAUUUAUAAACUUGACUUUUGCAUCUGAGUGACUUAUAUCUGCAGUGUUUGUGUUAGGAAUGUAGCUUUUAUAAUGUUAACUUUUCAACCCAGUUACUCUUGCUUUGGAGUUUUUUUGGUUAAGAUUUCAGAAGUGAAAUAGAGUGUGUUAGAGGUGUGCACAAAAAAAUACUUUGCAUGUUUUUUUGUCUGUGUGGUGAAUUCUACCUUUUAGCAAAAUAAAACCCCAAAAGGAUAUGCACAUA